AUGGAGCGAGUUUUUAAAGUGGGCAACAAUAGUUUGGCCGUACCAAUGGAUCUCCACAAACAAAACCGAGCAAAACUCUGCAAGCGGCUGCUUGAUCUUUGGUCAACCGGCGAUGCCCCUUCACGGAGCCUUGAUGGCGUUUACGUUCUUCUCCAAGGUGGUCCAUCUGUAUCUCAUGGAGGUUCAGAUUGCGAGAUAGUAUUUCGGCAGGAGUCAUAUUUUCACUGGACCUUCGGAGGCUUGGAGCCUGAUUGGUUUGGUGCAAUUGAGGUUGCAACUCAGCGCACGAUUCUCUUUGUCCCACAUAUUCCGGAGUCUGCUGCUGUUUAUAUGGGUCAACCACCACACUUGGAUGAAAUUUCCCACAUCUACGGCGUGGACGAAGCACACUAUACACACGAGCGUGGUAUUAAUACCGACAGUGGACAAUUUACUUUGGAGGCCUCGUUUGAGGGAAUCAACAGGUUUACUAUCAACAAUACCAUCCUCCACCAUGAAAUGGCUGAGUGUCGUCUUACGAAGAGCCCUCUAGAACUUGAGGUAAUUCGCUACGCUGUGAAGAUCAGUUCGGCGGCACAUCGGCAUCUCAUGCGAAAAAUAAAGCCAGGAAUGUUUCAAUUCCAAGCAGAGAGCAUAUUCCGCCACUACUGUUACUACUAUGGCGGCAUGCGACACGUCGCCUACACUUGUAUUGCUGCGACAGGCUGCGAUUGUGCUGUACUCCACUAUGGACACGCCGGUGCCCCAAACGAUCAUUUGAUCCAAGACGGAGAUAUGUGUCUCUUGGAUAUGGGUGGAGAAUAUUACUGUUACUGCUCAGACAUCACGUGCUCCUUCCCUGUAAAUGGUAAAUUUACCGCCGACCAACGCCUAAUCUACAACGCUGUUCUCUCAGCAGUCACGUUAGUGAACAUAUUACUCGACUAUAAAGACCAUAGUAUCUUAAUUUGCAGUUUAAUUCCUUUGACUCCAUUAAGGGCUGUGACUAGCUGCCUGGGCCCUGGCGUGAGCUGGCUGGAAAUGCACAAAUUGGCCGAAAAGACGAUACUGGAGCGAAUGUUGGCAGGCGGUCUAUUGCAAGGUGACGUGGACGAGAUGAUGCUGGCCCGCCUCGGCGCCACUUUUAUGCCUCACGGACUGGGUCACCUCAUGGGAUGUGACGUUCAUGAUGUCGGCGGAUAUACCAAGGGUGCACCUCCAAGGUCGGCCGAACCUGGUCUCAGAAACCUGCGAACAGCGAGGAAUCUGAUGCCUAAUAUGGUGCUAACUGUGGAGCCUGGCUGUUAUUUUAUAAAGCGUCUGAUUGAUCAGGCGAAGGCCUCACCACACCUCAAGAAAUUCCUAGUCACUGAGGCCCUCGAAAGAUUUGCAGAUUUUGGCGGAGUCCGAAUUGAAGAGGAUGUGUUGAUAACGGACAGUGGUUGUGAAGUACUGUCGGACGUUCCACGCACCGUUGAUGAAAUCGAAGACUGGAUGUCACGCGAAAGCACAGAAUACGACAGCGUGCUAUGA